CCUUCAGAACAAGUCUUUCAGCAAAUUACAUUUUGCUCCCUAAAGGUCAAACUUUCCAAUACAAUCUUUGAGAAAUAUCGUCAGAUUCGCGCGGUAGAUGAUUCUCCCGGUAAAUAUCGCUCUUCCUGUUAACUCGUUGAUGAACUAAACUGUGAGCAGUGGGAAAACCUGAUUAGAGAUUGGGCAACACUCGCUGGUCCAAAUGUGUAGGAAGGAUCUGGAGACGCUGCAAAGGCAACGCAACUUAAAGAUAAAACGCGCAUGUACUGCUGGCACCGCCGCCCCCUCGGCCCCUCACUUACAGGUGGGUAACCCGGGUCAGGCUUGUCCAAUGUGCUGGUUUAAACUGAAUAUAAACACAAAAAGCUGGAGUAACUCAGCGGGCCAGGCAGCAUCUCUGGAGAGAAGGAAUGGGUGACGUUUCAGGCCGAGACCUUUCUUCAGACUUCUGGACAGGUUGUCCCGUUACAGGUGACCCGGGUCAGGCGCGGGUUGUCCCGUUACAGGUAACCCGGGUCAGGCGCGAGUUGUCUAGUCACAGAUAACCCGGGUCAGGCGCGGGUUGUCCCGUCACAGGUAACCCGGGUCAGGCGCGGGUUGUCCCGUUACAGGUGACCCGGGUCAGGCGCGGAGGCCACACGAGCUUCAUGUCGAUGCUUUCAGACCUUGGAUAUUAAAUGCAUUCGACCGUGAUUGAAUAAAUUUCAAUUAAUGUGUUAACAUUUUAAACCCGCACCAUAAAUUAUUCUUUAUCGUUACUUCGAUCAUUAUUUAUUUGAAAUAAGGCUAAUAAAAUGGUAUUAGAUAUUUUGCACACCUUGUUUGCGCUGACUGCUUUUCCGUACACGCGCUUCCCCGGGAGAUUGAACUCUUCGCAUUCACAAUGUGGACCAGGAAACUGAACAAAAGCACAAACGCCAGCUCGCCGCGGUAUCAAAGCUUGAAGUUUCAACACCUUGUUUUUCUGCAACUAAACUCAUAAACUAGCACUUUUGUUGGAGAUAAUUUUGUAGAUGAGUUAGACCACGCUGCCAAUACAGCGGAAUGCUGUGCAGAAUUUAUCUGUCACCCAACUGCAGGUCACAGCGUUAUAUUUCUAUAUAUUUUAUAACCCCGCGCCCACGUUACAAUAUUCCACCGAACGCCUUAUUGUGCCGCGUCCACAACAUUGUCCUCAAUCCAAUCGGCAACAUUUUAUAGUGAACACCUAAUCUGCAAUCCCUGCAUAUUCUGUUCAAUAGCUUGAUGUGAAUAUAUUGUCCAACCCGGGCUCGCCAACGCCUGUGUUUUUUAGGUUAAUGUAGGCCAUUCCUCCCCAUAAGGGCGGUUUAUAAAACAAUCUUGCAUGGACCAUCUGUUUUCACACAAGAGUCUUUGCAAUCGCUCGUCUAAAGACACUCGCUCGCCCGCGAAUAAAUGGAGCGAAUAAGUUUAAUGUCGCGCCUGUCGUUCUGAUACUUUUAAACGGAAUUGUUGUGUCUCUCGGCGCCGUUCUUGUUCAGUUUAACGUAUUUGGAUCUGUCGCCAAAGUACCCGAACCUGCUACUCGCUGCGACCUAAACUCCAUGAAUGAGUUGGAUCCAACGCGGCCUCGUCCCCGUGUCCAUUACCGAUAUAUUCUGAAUUAAAGGCAGUUUUCUACCAAUUAGUCAGCAAAAGUGCACAAUAUGUUCAAAGCUACGUCGGCCACAGAAUCGCAAAGGCGAUGUGUAUUUAAACUUACCGACCCAAGUAACGGCACAUCGAAAACACCCCGGGUAUUAUAACGACGAAUAAAAUAUAAAUCACAUGAUAAGCGGCGACUCUGUUUUUCAGCCUUACCUGUCAGUAACAAGUGGACACGACAAACACUCACAAAAAAAGGCUAACAAACGUGCAGACUCGCAGUUUGUGAACUUUCGGCGCUUCACCUAUGAGUUGUUGAGGACUGGGCUUUGGAAAUUGUCACAUCUGGACUCUUUGAAGUGUUUAACCGUAGCUCCAGGUGUUGAACGCCGAGAUUACAAACCUCUUUUUCACGGAGCCCUUGAUAUGAUUUCAGCAAAAUAAACCAAGUGUGGCCGUUACAAUCUGCUGCAGAAUUUACCCCGUAGUUCGCAUUGCCGCCGAGUGUUAUUUAUUUUGGUCUAUGUUGGGGAUCAGCCGACUCGGAAUCCCGCGGCAGUCUCUGACUUGAAGCUUUGAAGGAACGAGAGUUAAACUUUUCUCGGCCGCCCGCCCGCCCGAUCCAAGGCUUUCGUCUCGGCUUCAAGAAAAUCCGACUGCAAUUUCGGAUUAGACAAAUACUCUUAUUACAAAGGUUAGUGCCACUUGAUACCUCCAUACUUAACACGGGAUGAUCAUCCCAUCUUAAACAGAGUCUUCACUGAAUGAAAACCGCCACUAAAUUCUUCCUAUCUUAUGGGGGAUUCGCCGCCAAAUUAGCAUUAUCUUUUAUUAUCGAAUUAUAAUUUUAAAACCUUGGAUAUUCACAAAAAUGUAUAGCCAACAUUUUUAUUCAAACAUUAAUGCCGAGCACUCGUAUUCCACACAGCAACAACUUCACGAAUUAGAAAUUAACUCGAUAAUUGGAACAACAAUUUUCGCCCAAAUGACAGCGAAAUAUCCCAGUGACAAUGGGACAUAAUCAUGGAUGAACAAUAUAACAACUACAACCAUGCCGUCUGUACGCAUGGUAAAUUACCAAUGGCCAUGUGAUCUUGUGUUUUUCUAAAGGCAUUAGCAUUUUAUAAACGAUGUCAAUGUUAAUCCCGAACAAUUUCUAAUUAUUUCGAAUGAUUGGUUGCAUCUCUCCCGCUCAUAGUAACGAAAUCUUAUUAUCAUGGAAAUUCCUUGUUUCCAUGUAAAAUCAUCUUCCUUGAAGUUUUUUCACUUUUCAAAUGCAGGAGUGAAAAAAACAAAAUUAAAAAAAAAAAACUUCUGCAAACUGCAUUUAUUGGUGAGUUUGUGCUGAAUGGAUCGGUGACCUUUUGUUAUAAAAUAUGUUCGUAUCGAUGACUUUAGUGAGCGAGAGGGAACUCUUGUAAACCCCCUUUGAUGAGGUGUUCCAUAUAAUAAAAAAUGCGAUUGGUCGUCUGUCGGCUAUUUACUUUGAACAUUAGCUCGCUUUCAGCUCCCGCUUCAAUUAGAAUGAGUUGAUUUUGUGGGGAGCAACAAAAGAAUGGGCACAGGCUUAUUAAAGUCUUCUGUGGAAUCCACCGAACCUUUCAAAAACAGUUAAGGAUAUUCUGUGCCCUCCAUGAUAUUCUGUUACCGUAUUUUAUUUGUUCACUAAAGAAAAGUGACGCUUGCAGAGGGCUUUCUUUGAUACCUCGCCACCGACGGUACUUGUCCAAAUCAUUUAUUUUCCGCGAUGGCGUAUUUUUUCUUUUGAGAUUUCGAUUAAAGGCAGUCCCAUUAAACUUUACACUGACUAUUCCGAAAUGUAAUUCUAAGUGGGGAUUAGGCCGUCAUCAAUAUUCAUGAGAACGUGCAAAUUCAAACAAAAACCAAAAAACUCAACACAAAUUUCUUUCGGUAAUUAUUUUGUAAAUCGGACUCGAACUUUGCGACAAGGAAUCAAAACAUAUUUAAUCUCGUCUGCUGUUAAUCGUUAGGAAAUGUCGCACAUAUAAAAACUGUAUUUUUAUUUGUUGAUAAAAUUCGUUUAAAACUAAGAUAAGUUUAAGAUAAGUUUAUAAUUCAGUUUGAAGGAAUAUUUAAUUGCACCGGAUGCGGAUCUCUCAGCGGGUAUCAAGACUCUUUCUGUGGUGUUUGUAAUAAAUUAAUUUCACAACGAACUUGCGGCUUCUGCAAUGUUUAUUUAACUGGAUUUAUUUUGCACCCAGUUCCAGAUCUGUUUACAUUAAUUACACACAUUUCUCUGGAUAAACCACGCUGCUGAUGAACUGCAAAAUAUCUCUUCACCGGCUGUAAACUUUGCAGUUGCCUGUCAGUGGCGGAGCGGCGACUCGAACCCGCCACCCUUUCCCCAACUCGCCGGGAGCCGGGUUUUGGCCAUUGGGGGCGUUGACCGCUUCACCGCAUCCACGGUAAUAUCCUUCCGCAUAGAAAGUAGUGCGCGGCGUCAGCGGGGCAAGGCGGCAGGUGAUUGGCUUGUCCGGCCCGACGUCAGGUGGUUCCGCCAGGCUGAGGCUUCACAUAGAAGCGGGAAGGCGACCGGCCCGAGGUGUAGCAGUGUCCCAGCCAGUGCCGGCCGCAGUGAACGGGAGCGCAGCCCGGCCUCGCGUUUGGACAUUCCCGCAACUGAAGAUUUGAAGAUUUGAAGAGCAGUGUUUUUAGCAUGAUGUCAUAUCUCAAACAACCUCCCUACGGCAUGAGCGGCCUCGGGCUGAGCGCUUCGGGCAUGGACCUUCUGCACACCUCUGUCGGAUAUCCAGCCACGCCGAGAAAACAGCGGCGAGAACGGACCACCUUCACCCGCUCCCAGCUCGACGUGUUAGAGUCGCUCUUCGCUAAAACUCGAUACCCCGACAUCUUCAUGAGAGAAGAAGUGGCGUUAAAAAUUAACCUGCCCGAGUCGCGAGUCCAGGUGUGGUUCAAGAACAGACGGGCCAAGUGCCGGCAGCAGCAACAGAGCGGCGGCGGCGGCGGCUCCAAGGCCCGGCCGCCCAAGAAGAAGUGUUCGCCGACACGGGAGAGCAGCGGCUCUGAGAGCAGCGGCCAGUUCACUCCUCCGGCCCCGUCCGUGUCCGGCCCGGCCCCCAGCUCAGCCCUCAACCCGCCCGCAUCCAUCUGGAGCCCGGCCUCCAUCUCCCCCGGUGCCGCUGAGCCGCUGGCGGGCGGUGGCUCUUGUAUGCAGCGUUCGUCAGCCGCCGGCUACCCUGUGGCUUAUGGACAGGGCGGCGCCUACACGCAGGGGUAUCCCGCCUCGUCUCCCUACUUCAGCGGCGUGGACUGCAGCUCGUACCUGGCGCCCAUGCACACGCACCACCCGCACCAGCUGGCCGCACCCAUGGGUGCCCACACCAUGUCCGGGCACCCACUGGGACAAGCAGCCGCCCACCAUCACCAGGGAUACGCCGCCUUUAACUCGCCCGACUGCCUGGAUUACAAAGAGCAAAGCGCGUCCUGGAAACUCAACUUCAACGCGCCCGACUGCCUGGAUUACAAAGAGCAGGCCGCGUCCUGGAAGUUUCAAGUCUUAUAAAUAAAUCUGCUUUUACCCGCAAACUAUUUACAAACUUGUUGCUUUUCUCCGGCUCCCGCUCGGGCCGCUUUAAUUGACAAUCAACGUGGUGUCUAUUGGACAUUGAGUGCUGAUGUAUGUGUUUCGACUUUGAAAAGGCAUCAAAUAAUGAACAGAAAUCUCUGUCUAGUUCCAGCCAGGCCCAUGGGGACAGUUUGAAACUGGGAGCCUGGAGGUUGUGUCAGUCGCUGCCUCUCUGUAUCUCGUGGGAUCCGUUCACAUUUAACUCGACUCUAAAUAAACGUUCACGACAUUUACUUUGCAUUUUGCCCCGUGUGAAUAUGUGGAUGUUUUGGCCACUUGACGUGUAGAUAUUUGCGCGACUGAGGGUCCACUUUGUAUCAAUUAUGUUCGCGCUGGUUUUUGUCGCUAAAUGAGGUUAUUUUGCGAAUUGGUUUAAUUCCCAUCAAAUGCAGUGUUGAAAGUAUUUAAGGCAUUAUAUAUAAUUAAACUCAAUUGCGGAGAA